AUGAACGUGUCGAUUCCUGCUUCCGAGCUGGUACCCUGCCUGCGAGAAGCUCCUCACCUGCGGGAUCUAUGGAUCGAUGUGCGGACGAAUAGCACCUUGACGAACGAGUUGUUGGAGAAUCUGAGACUGGACGAACGUUCAGAAACCACUGCAGAUGUGUCGGAAGACGACAGUGGGCCAUCCAGCGGCACCACUGCACAAAUUACGGAAGAGCGCGGCAAGCGGCUUGUUCCAGAGCUUGAGCGCCUUCAUGUCUCUUGCCCUGCCACAUUCUCUGCCGACACCCUGAUGAACAUGGUGCGCUCCCGCACCGCUCCUCAGCGCAAAACACAGCCGGCAUACGAGGACGCGGCGCGCACCGUCAAUGAUGCAUCUCGCGAGACCGCGGCAGCAUCGUCUGAGCCCGCGUCUCCUUUGCGCUACAUCAACAUCCACUGCACGGAUCCGGCGCUGCGUGUUGAGCCACAGAUCGUGGCCCGUCUGCGUAUCAUGGCUGCGGCGGGAAUCAAGCUGUUCUUCCGCGUCGGUGACCGCGAUGUUGUUCACGAUGGUCGCUAG